AUGAAGAUCUACAAGUCAAACUAUCCCGAUGUCGAAAUCCCUUCGCAGUCUAUUUUCACCCAUGUCCUCCCAGAAAACGGACCGUAUGCACACAACUUGCCUGCUUUUAUCGACGCACCAACCGAGGCUACACUAAGCCGCAGGCAGCUUCGUGAUGCAGCACUACGCUUCGCAGCGGGACUCGUUGACGAGCACGCGGUCCUCAGGACUAAGAACCCGGAUGGUGGGCCGGUACUCAAACGAGGCGACGUCGUCAGUAUUUACAGUCCGAAUAGUCUCUCCUUUGCUAUUGCGCUCUACGGAUGCUUCGCCGCUGGGAUAAAAGUCUCGCCAAUCAACAGCAGUUAUACGCCCCCUGAAAUCAAGCAUCAGCUGACCGAUUGCGGAGCCAAAGCCGUCGUCGUACACCCGCUCCUCUUGCCUAAUCUCAUCCAGGCGUUUGCACUCAUGGGCAUCAACGAGGGUCAAGCGAAGAAGCGGAUAAUCAUUGCGGAUUGGAAAGAAAGCCAGACAUUGAGUGACGAUGUCAAGCGGCGGUAUAAAGGAUACACCGUGUUUGAAGAGGCUUUAAACGUCGGAAAGAUGGUCAAGGAAGAAGCCUUUGAUGGUCGCUAUGCAGAUGAGACGGCAUUAAUGUGUUAUUCGAGUGGGACGACCGGGUUGGCAAAGGGCGUUGAGACGACACAUAAGAAUCUAGUGGCGAUCAUGUGCAUGUUCCCGGCGGUGUUCAUCCGCCUGGAGCCGGGAGUCGAUAAGAUGCUUGGAUUUUUACCAGGUUAUCAUAUUUACGGACUCGUCAAAGUCCUCCUCUACCCAAUCGCCAAGGGUGCUGCUGCGGUGAUUAUCCGUGGCUUUGACGUCGCCAUGUUCGGCAAGGCCAUUGGUAAAUACCGUGCGUCUGUAUUACCCAUGGUUCCGCCAGUCAUCCUUCUGCUCGCGAAGAAUCCAGUGUUUGAAAAGUUUGAUUUCUCGUCUGUCAAGCUCAUUACCUCUGGUGCGGCACCCCUUGGGAAGGAUCUGACGCUCGAAGUCGUUGCACGCCUGAGGAAGCUGGGCUCCAAUGCAUUAGUAGUUCAGGGCUACGGGUUGACAGAAACAUCCCCUACGGCGCAUUUCAAUCCUGUUGAAACGUGGGAUACCAAGGCGGGGACAAUCGGGCCUCUUCUACCAAAUCUCGAAGCGAGGCUUGUGAGAGACGAUGGGACGGAUGCGCCAGAGGGUGAACGAGGCGAGCUCUGGCUUCGUGGGCCAUCCAUUAUGAAGGGAUAUUUGCAUAACGCGUCGGCCACACUCAACAGCAUUACGCCUGAUGGCUGGUUCCAAACCGGAGAUGUCGCCAUAAUUGAUAAGGACGGAUGGUAUAGCAUCGUCGACCGCAAGAAGGAGUUGAUCAAAUACAAAGGAUUCCAAGUCCCGCCCGCUGACCUCGAGGCUGUCCUGAUAAGCCACCCCGAGAUUGUCGACUCGGGCGUAAUUGGCGUAUAUAGCAAAAAAGACGAGACUGAGCUGCCAAGAGCAUAUAUUGUCCCCAAGCCCGGCUCAAAAGCACUUGGCAGUGCGCAAGAGCGAGAAGUCUUUCAACGCGAAGUCGCAAAGUGGAUAACGUCAAAGGUGGCCAAGCACAAAUAUCUCCGCGGCGGCGUUGUAGUGGUUGAAGCGAUUCCGAAGAGUGCGGCCGGCAAGAUCCUCCGUAAGGAGCUCAGGGAGCGGGCUAAGAAAGAGAUGGAGGCAGAGCGGGCUAGACUCUAG